UUGGGUUUCCUUUUCAUAUCUCAAAUCAGUUUGCAAGGUGAGAUCAUCAUAAGCCGGCACUUCUCUUUCUUUGUGGUUUUUCCAAUAAAGUGCAACAGUCAUAAAUGGUGGAGAUUGCGCUCUUAAUUAUGGGUGAGGACAUCUAAUAAGAGACAGAGGAUACAUAAAGCUAUACACUAUCAACCCAUUUGGCAAAGAGAAGGAUUCAGUUGAGAAUCAAGGAUGGGGAAGGGGUUCAGUACCAGAGGGCCUCCCUUUUCCUUCAUUUUCUUUCUGUUUCUCACACUUUCAAGUGUUUUCCAAGAUGCCCAUUUGGGUGCGGUUGCAGCACAGGACCAACGCAUCAAGACCAUUGUGGUCUUGGUUAUGGAGAACAGGUCCUUCGAUCACAUGCUUGGAUGGAUGAAGAGAUCCAACUCAGCAAUCAAUGGAGUCACAGGCAAAGAAUGCAACCCAGUUUCUACCAAGAAUCCAUCCGAAGAAGCAAUCUGCUUCAAAGAUGAUGCAGAAUAUGUGGAUCCAGAUCCAGGUCACUCCUUUGUAGCAGUGAAACAGCAGGUGUUUGGCUCUGGCACCACUCCUUCAAUGAUUGGCUUUGUCGAACAAGCCCUCACCAUGUCCAAAGAACUCUCUGAGACAGUCAUGAAAGGCUUCAAGCCAGAAUCAGUCCCAGUUUACGCCAAGCUGGUGGAGGAAUUUGCAGUUUUUGACAGAUGGUUCUCUGCACUUCCUGGCCCAACACAACCCAACAGACUCUUUGUCUACUCUGGAACUUCCCAUGGUGCUGUAAGCCAUGUGAAGGAGAACUUGAUAAAAGGUUUCCCACAAAAAACCAUAUUUGAUUCACUCCAUGCGAAUGGUAAGGACUUUGGCAUAUACUUUCAAGAAGCCCCCACAAUAUUUUUUUAUAGGAAUAUGAGGCAGCUCAAGUAUUCCUCCAAGUUCCGCCUCUAUGAUUUGCACUUCAAGAAGGAUGCUGAAAAGGGCAAGUUGCCCAGCCUAACAGUGAUUGAGCCCAGGUACUUUGAUAUCAAGAUAUUGCCUGCAAACGAUGAUCACCCCUCUCAUGAUGUUGCCAAUGGGCAGAAGCUUGUGAAGCAGGUGUACGAGACCUUGAGGGCCAGUCCUCAGUGGAAUGAGACCCUUUUUAUCAUUACUUAUGAUGAGCAUGGUGGAUUCUAUGAUCAUGUUGAAACCCCUGUAGACAAUGUCCCUAGUCCUGAUGGCAACACUGGCCCUGCUCCUGAUUUCUUCAAGUUCGAUCGCCUCGGGGUUCGGGUUCCUACAAUCAUGGUCUCUCCUUGGAUCAAGAAAGGAACUAUUGUGACUCGCCCAAAUGGGCCUGCUGAGAACUCCGAAUUCGAGCACUCUUCCAUCCCUGCCACCAUCAAGAAAAUGUACAACCUGCCAUCGAACUUCUUGACUCACAGAGAUGCUUGGGCCGGCACAUUUGAGUCUGUCGUUGGGGAGUUAACUUCUCCCCGAACUGACUGCCCAGAGACCCUCCCAGAAGUGACUCCUCUGAGGAAAACAGAAGCAGAUGAAGACCGGCAACUGUCUGAGUUUCAAAAUGAAAUAGUCCAAUUAGCAGCCGUUCUUAAGGGCGAUCACCACUUGACCAGCUUCCCAGAUGAGCUGUUCAAGAACAUGACGGUGAAGGAAGGCCGUGAUUAUGUGAUAGGAGCCGUUGCAAGGUUCAAAACAGCGAGCAGACAAGCCUUCAUAAUGGGGGCGGACGAGUCGGCCAUUGUAGACAUGAGGUCCUCCCUCACAACUCAACCUUCAGUCCACUAUUAGUAUGCCACUGUAUAGACUCGUUCUUAUUGAAUCCAACACAGUUGUAAUAAAACAAGCUUUAGUGUAAAAUGCAUUGAAGUAUUUAUGUCCCAUUCUCA